AUGAGCGACGCCCGGAAGCAAACGUCUGCUGAUGUAGGCACGUUCGGCCCGGUCUCCAUUCUACAAAUCAUCGCGGACGCUCACGCGGAGCAUGGAUUGCGGCACAAUAAUUACAAGCGAUAUUGGAAAUACUGCCAAGACCAUCUGCAACGGAUGCGCCGCCGCGCAGGCAUCGCCCACAAAAACAAAUCGGUCAAAAGCUACAAGAGCCGAUUCGAGAAGAAAGUGAUCAAUGACGAGAAUUUCAACUCCAAGACUUUCCUCGAAAUCCUGAUCUUCGAGUGCGAGCGGUUAUGGGCCACUGGGAUGUACGAAAAGGAAGUGAUCAACGAAGAAUCAAACUCUCGUCGGCGACACCGGAUUUUUAAGAAGUUGAAGCGCACGGUCUUACGCGCUGAGAACCUUGCAAAUCUUGUCGAUAGAUCGCCGCGGUGCGAACCCUCCACGAAACUCGAAGCCCAAGCCUACUUGGCCUACCUCGACGGGUUCAAGAACCUCGAGCUGAAGCGCUGGGCGGAGGGAUACGAUAAACUAAUGGUCGCUUUCACCAUCUACCAGCAACUCGCCCAGGGUAACAACAAUGGACCCUUGAAGAAAUUGUACAUUACAAGAUGUGAGGAGCUGCAGCCGCAACUCCGAAUUUGUGCUUUCAACGCGGAAGAUUCUGACAAAAAGGUGGCCAAGAUCGGUGAGCUGAUGGGGUUGCUGCUGAAGAUUGGAGACGACGACGGCGAGAAGGCCAUGCAAGAAACAGAAAAGCCCUGCGUUGCCAAGAAGCUACGGCAAAUUCGCAUUCCAUUGGAUCGCCGUCCUCUGGUCGACACGCUCGACGAGUGGCGCAACUUGCCGACGUUGGCUUCGUCUUUGCAAUUGGUAAAUGUCGUUGCACAGCCGCCACGCCCAUUCCCGAUGCCCGGCAAGGCGACGUUCUUCGACUUGGCCCACACGCAUCUUCAGAUGCCCGACGUCUCCUCUCGCCUCUCUGAUCUCGAAGCAGGCGCCAAGAAGCCGGAAGCGCCCCAGCCGGCCGCCGCUCCGAAAGCCCAAACCGGAGGGUGGUUUUGGCGCAAA